AUGCCCUCCUCUCUUGAAGCUCUUGAAGCGAACAGAAAAUGUCUCCAGCUCGAGGCUCACUACCAAAGACUUUUGCCCAGACGAUCGGGUGAAGAAGAGCUACGACCAAAGGCACCGCCACCCCGCAGACGCCGGCUAGUAAGCAAUGCUUGCAACAGCUGUAGGACACGAAAAACCAAGUGGCAGAGUUAUCCGACAGCUUCUGCUUCCUGUCCACUGUUGACGUCCCCAUACGAAGACUGGGAAUUUAUAUUCGAGAAAAGCUACGACACUGAUGCUUACUACCGACGGGUAGAUCCAAGCCUCUUUGUGGGUGUAUCAGGUCAUGAUUUGCCAUUGUCCAACUGGACCAGGGUAUCUACUGAUGAUCGCCGCAUGAAUCAUUUACUCAACUUGUUCUUCACCUGGGACAAUAUUGUGGAGCGUAUAAUCUAUCGACCAAUCUUCGAAGAGAAUGUUAGAAGGAGCAGAAGAGGGAAUCAAGGUGACUAUGACGACAAUGCCGACAGCGACUUUUGCUCUCCCUUUCUGGUCAGUUGCCUACUGGCCUUGAGCUGCCUCUACUCGAUGGACCUAGCAACAUACAAAGACCCUGGGGAUCCCAAAACAAGGGGGAGGCUGUGGGCGGAGGAAGCUGAGCUUCACCUGCAAAAUUGCCCCCGGCCAUCCAUUGCUCUUAUGCAAGGCCUAUACGUUUUGCUCAUCUAUGAGGCCAGUCUUGGUACUGGCGCAAGAACGCUGCAAGACUUGGCGCGAUGCAUGGAUGUCUAUAGAAUUCUCAACGAUAGGAACAUGGACGAGCUUACUGACCAGACGGUGCCCGAGCCUCGACGGAGGCUCGAGAGCGAGAAGCUACUUCUUGGUGCAUGUGGAGAAUAUAUUGCACUGAAUGCAUACUGUUGGUAUCCUUACCCGCUGAGCCUUCAGAUGCAGCCAUCAAUGCAGGUGGCUAUCAGGGAGGCAGAUGCUGCGCUUUCGGAGAUUGUCGAAUUGAUACUAAACUAUCUACAUCCCGACGAGAACGGCACCGACGCUGUAUCCAAGCCGGGCUAUGCAUUGGAGCUCUACGACGCUUUGCUCAAUUGGAAAUACGGGCUUCCCGAUGAAUUGCUAUUUGAGCAGUCUGUGCUGCCGUCCGUCAUUGCUUUGCACAUCGACCUGGAGACGGUGAGCAUGACUCUCCUACGUCCUUUUACUCACAUGACAAAACAAGAGUUUGGCCGAUUCAGCCCUCGGGAGCGAUGUGCCGCACAUGCCGGCCAUCUGGUGUCGACGGUCUGGUCAUUUCGCGCCCAUGGCCAAGUCCGCUACGAGUACUACCUCAUUUACGCUCUGGGAGCUGCUGCCUACGUCCUGCUGCAAGAGCCAGACGCGCCUGUGCAAAUGGACUCGCUGGUCCGUGCUUCUGUGACAGACUUGCUACCCGUUGCUGGCGGCAAUGACAACGAGGCUAAGCGAGCAAAUUUACAGCUUGAGGAUCUUUUGAGGGACUUUGGCGAUGUUGAUAUUCACUAA